AUGACUAAAAGUGAAUCUGGAUCUGAAGCUGACGUAUUGAGUCAAGGUGGGUUUAUUUUUGACGAUCCUGACUUAAAGAAAAGAAGAAAUGGCAGAGCAACUAGAAAGAAAGAUAUCAAGUAUGCGAUUUCCUCUGAUGAAGACGAAGAUCAGGUAAAGCCGUCUGGCAGAAACUUGAGAAAGAAGGCAAAAAGCACGGCUACAACGAAGAGGAAAGCGAAGUUAAAGAAAGAAGAGUCGUCAGAUGAAGAAUUUUCUUUAGAAAAAGUUCAAAUCGACGACGAUGAUGACGACGAUGAUAUUGUAAUAGUAAGCAGUUCACAAGUUGAAAAGAAUGGUGCUACUAAACUAGAUGCUAUAAAUCUAACUGAUGAGGAUGAUCUUGAAAUAGUUUUGGAUGAUGAUGAUGUCCCACUAAGCGAAAAGGUGAGAAGUGAAAAGCCUACUAAGAAGAAGAGAGCCACCGCUCGAAAGAAGAAGGAGCCUAAAGUCAAGGUUCCGUACUUUACUAGAGUGACGAACAAACUUUAUGACCAGCACCCCAAACUUAUGGAAGUCUUCCCGUAUUUGGAAUCCUUACCUCCCAUACCCAUCGAAAGAGCUCCGCAACCUCCAGGGAUGACCAUAAAGUUGCUUCCAUUUCAAUUGGAAGGGUUGAAUUGGCUUCAGAAGCAAGAAGACGGAGAAUUUGGUGGAGGAAUCUUAGCUGAUGAAAUGGGUAUGGGUAAAACAAUUCAAACAAUUGCUCUAUUCAUGUGUGACAAACAGAAGACUCCAAAUUUAGUAGUGGGCCCAACAGUUGCCCUUAUGCAAUGGAAAAACGAAAUUGAGAAGCAUACAGUUCCUGGUAGCUUGAAAGUUCUAUUAUAUCAUGGUGCUAAUAGGGCCAGUGACGUUGAUGAAUUAAUGAAAUACGAUGUUAUUUUGACGUCGUAUUCUGUUUUAGAAUCGGUUUAUAGAAAGGAAAACUAUGGAUUCAAAAGAAAGGAAGGAUUGGUAAAAGAGAAAAGUGCUCUUCAUGCUGUACCCUUUUAUCGUGUCGUACUAGACGAAGCGCAUAAUAUUAAAGAUCGUACUUCAGGUACUGCAAAGGCUGCUAACAACUUGAAAUGUGAGAAAAGGUUAUGUCUUACCGGUACCCCGUUGCAAAACAGAAUUGGUGAAAUGUACUCGCUUAUCAGGUUCUUAAAAUUAGAUCCCUUCCAUCAAUACUUCUGUACGAAGUGUGAUUGUGUUAGUAAUGAGUGGAAGUUUUCGGAUUGGAGGCACUGUGAUCAAUGUGGACACACUCCAAUGCUUCAUACUAACUUUUUUAAUCAUUUCAUGUUGAAAAACAUUCAAAAACAUGGGAUUCAAGGAGAUGGUUUAACUUCAUUCCAGCAUAUUCGAUUGUUAUUGAACAACAUAAUGCUUAGAAGAACCAAAUUACAGAAAGCGGAUGAUUUGGGACUUCCACCUAGAAUUGUGGAAAUAAGAAAGGACAGAUUCAAUGAAGAAGAGAAAGACUUGUACACAUCAUUGUACAGCGACUCCAAGAGAAAAUUCAACGAUUAUGUGGCCGAAGGGGUUGUUUUGAACAAUUAUGCUAAUAUCUUUACCUUGAUUACCAGAAUGAGACAAUUAGCUGAUCAUCCUGACUUGGUCUUAAAGAGAGUUGGGGGUAUUACUCAAGAUAUUGAGGGGGUUGUUGUUUGUCAAUUAUGUGACGAUGAAGCUGAAGAACCUAUUGAAUCUAAAUGUCAUCAUAAAUUCUGUAGGAUGUGUAUUACAGAAUACGUGGAUUCGUGGUCUGGGGAUGCCAAAAAUUUAACAUGUCCAGUUUGUCAUAUUGGUCUUUCGAUUGAUUUACAGCAACCAGCGUUAGAAGUUGAUGAGACCGAAUUUUCAAAGCAGUCAAUCGUUAACCGUAUCCAAAUGGGUACCCAUGGUGGAGACUGGAGAUCUUCUACAAAGAUAGAAGCUCUUGUUGAAGAACUUUAUAAGUUGAGAUCAGAUAAGCAUACAAUUAAAUCCAUUGUGUUUUCACAAUUCACGUCCAUGUUGGAUUUGGUUGAGUGGAGAUUGAAGAGAGCAGGUUUCCAGACUGUCAAGUUACAAGGGUCUAUGUCACCACAACAAAGAGACAAUUCUAUCAAGUAUUUCAUGGAGAAUACAUCAGUCGAGGUUUUCUUAGUUUCAUUGAAGGCAGGAGGGGUUGCAUUAAAUUUAUGUGAAGCAUCGCAAGUGUUUCUUAUGGACCCAUGGUGGAAUCCUAGUGUUGAGUGGCAGUCGAUGGAUCGUGUUCAUAGAAUAGGACAAAAGAGACCAAUCAGGAUUACCAGAUUCUGUAUUGAAGACAGUAUCGAGCUGAAGAUUAUUGAGUUACAAGAAAAGAAGGCUAACAUGAUUCAUGCGACAAUCAAUAGUGAUGAUGCAGCGGUUAGUAGGUUGACCCCGGACGAUCUUCAAUUUUUAUUUAUGAAUUAA